ACAAGAUGGAAGAAAGCAGCGACCGCCGGAGAACAAUGUUUUGGCAAUAAAACCCCAAAGCGGCGAAUACAGACGGGAUAUAGGCACGUUUGAAACCUACUGCGGUCAUGUGUAGGACAUUCUCCUCCUGCAGUCCUCUUUAGAUUAUUUGCCCUCCUUCUCCCCUGCACAAAUCAGAACCACCACCAUGAGUAUUAUCCAAGACAAAUUAGGCAAUGAGUUUUUACGCAACGGUGGCAUGGACCCCAAUUUUGCACCAGGUAUGCUUAUGUUUAGCCACCUGCCUCCUGUCACCAGCUUUACACGUCUGGCUUCACAGUCAGUUAUGGGUGAGCUUCCCCAGGAGAUGAUCCUGAAAAAGGAACGCGACUCACCCCCCGAACACCAGGGCACCACUGCUGCAAAUGCAGGGGGCUUCCUUCACAGCAUGGGCAUUAAACAGGAGCGGAUAAGUGAGCUUGAUUAUCGCAUGCCCCUCUAUAGUGGAGGAGUAGGGGUGAACUGUGUUGGAGGGGGCGCGGGGAAGAGUGUUACUGAUAUGUCAGAUAUGUCCUUCAGUAACCACCACCAAAAUCACCAGAACAUGCUUCUUCACGAUCUGAGCCUCAGCAACGUUCGUCCCCUUGGAGAACAGAUGCCUGGAAGAACAGGUAAAGAGCCAAAAGAGUCCUCAGGUAGAAGAGGGCGGAGGAGCAAUGGGGAUGGGCAGGGAGGCAAAGCCAGAAGGAAACGCAAUGAUGCUGCAAAGGCUAUGAUGCUGGAUGCAGAUGGUGCCUGCCUGUCCCCUAACUCAAAACCACAUAUCUGUGAGCACUGUAAUGCUGCCUUCCGCAGCUCCUACCACUUGCGCAGACAUGUGCUCAUACACACAGAUUGCACAGGUGAGAGGCCUUUCCGGUGCAGUCAGUGUAACAUGAGCUUCAUUCAGAAGUACCUGCUCCAGCGGCACGAGAAGAUCCACAGUGGAGAGAAGCCUUUUAGCUGUGACCAGUGCAACAUGCGCUUUAUCCAGAAGUACCACAUGGAACGGCACAAAAGGACACACAGCGGCGAAAAGCCGUAUCGCUGUGAUACCUGCCAACAAUUUUUCUCAAGAACAGACCGGUUACUGAAGCACAAACGGACGUGUGGAGAAGCCAUAAAGAAGGGCCUAGACCCAAACAUGCUGGAGCUCAGUGAAGCCGAAUUAGGCCAGGGCAGCUAUUCACUCACUCAGGGAAACUCUACCACCUCUGGACGCAAGAGGGCAAAGUCCAAAAACGGUGAGGGUGGUGAACGCAGGAGGAAGAAAAAUGCCUCAGCAUCUGUGACAGGAGCAUCAUCCUCUGGGGGGAUGGCCCGUGACCUGGGCCUGCAGGACUUCAACAUGGAGCACCCCUCAGGUUCUGCUUCGAUGCAAGGACGUACACCUAAAUUGGUUUUUAAAAAGGCUGGGCGCAAAGGCCUAGACAAAGGCCUUCUCUCCCUGGAAGACAGUGCUGAUGGACAAAAACUGUUGGGCCAGAAGCCUGGCUCCAUGGAUCAUGUGGAGGGUUCUGGUCUUGAUAACAUGGGUCUACUCCAGGGACCUGGGGGCAGCAAGCAGGGGCCCACCACCAGCAGCAACUAUGAUGAUGCAAUGCAGUUUGUGAAGAAGAGGCGCUACCUCCAUGCGGUUAACAGUGACUAUGGAGCUGGCUCACUGCACAUGGCAUCCCAGGGCGGUAGUGUAAUCCAGGGCUCCCUGGGGCCCGAGCCCACACUGGCAAUGCUAGACUCAUCGCCUUUGGAACUCAAACACGACAAGUCGGGCAUUCCAGAUGAGGUACUGCAAAGCCUGCUGGACCAUUAUAGCCAUAAGCCAGAGGGAGCACACCACCACGAUGUGACUUUUGACCUGCCAGACCACCCACACCACGUGGACCUUCAGCCAGCAGCCCCCGUUACACCCGAGUUGGAGGAUGACUCGCCCAACGGUGGAGAUAAGACAGCAGUGAUGAGCGAAUACUCCAAGUUCCUCCUGCAGGCUCUGGAGCGCACCAGCCAUAGUGGGCCCUUCCCCAGUCUGGGGCCAACAGGGCCUUUCCCUCUCUUGUCCAGUAGCUCCAGUCCCACAGGGCCCCUGUUCUCCGACAAACAUGUGUAUGCCACAUCCCCGCUGGAUUGCGGCUACCCACCUGCUGUCUCUUCGCCCCUGCCCAUUGCUGCCCCUUCAUCAGCUUCCUCAUCCUCCUCUUCCAAGUCUCAUUAUGGCAUGCUCGUGGGUUCCCCGUCACAGGCAGGCUACCACCUCAGCUUGGAAUCUACUAGCCACCAGCAGCUGACACCGUCUCAGGAGCUGACUGAACAGUUGGAGAAGCAGCACUCCCCCGGCACCUUCAACCUACCUCCCCAGGACCUGACUUCCCCAGGAGAGAGCUCCAAGGGGCAGCAGUCCAAGGCUGGAGGGAGCACUGCACCCACCAACGGCUCCAGCUACCCGGACUUGUCCCCACUGAACCCCCCUAAAGAAACCACAUACCAGAUUGAGAACUUCGCCCAGGCCUUUGGCUCCCAGUUCAAGUCAGGGCGCCGGACCCCUCUGAGCUAUGGUAGUGAUCCUGGGGCAGAGGUCGACCACCGAAUACGGACUCCAGUGUCAGAAUUCUCAGGGUAUACCAGUUUGUUAGCUGACGUCAGUGAGCCAGUAAGUACAGGAUCAAAAACCCAGACAAGCCAAAGUUUCAGAUAAGGGUCAAACGAGGUGAACCUAGUAGGGGACUGUCCUGUUACUGUCCAUUCGGUCCCUUUACCCAUCCUAAUUUUGUUCUUGUAGCAAAGUUUUGUUUUUUAAACACUGCCAUUAAAUGUUAAUACAAAAAUGACCAGGGAGGGUCUUUCAUGGCCUCAAAUGCAAUUUUUUAAAUAUUCUCAUUUUUAUUAUGUAUUUAGUCGCUUAAUUUUUAAGAGUAGUGAUUUUGAUAUGAACGUAAACCGUAGAUUUAAAUGUAAUUUAAAACAUUUAGAGGGUAGCUAUGAACUUGCUUUUCUUCUUUUCUGAACCCUUGUGUUUUACCAAUCAUCAUACCGUUGUAAAGUAAUAAUGAGUAAUGUUGAUAAUUUCAAUAAUAACAUUUGUGGCAGGGAAAGGCCCAGAAUUCAAAUGGCAAAAAAGUAUAUAUUGUCUGUUACAAGAAACGUAUUAACUCAGGAAAAAGGCAAAAUUGUGUAAUAAGACUUUGUAUUAUGAGAUGCAAUUAGCACAGUUUUUACAGGUGUACUUUAAGACAACAAAGCUUUGAUUUUUUUUUUUUUUUUACUUGUCAGAACAAAUUACAAAACCUGAACAUUGUUUGCUUUCUAUUGCGUGUAACUUUUCCGAGAUUAUGGUACUGUUGUGUCAAUGUGAAGACAUCUGCAUUUCUUGUGAGGGCCAUGUGUACACGAGGUAUAAACUGUAGUGGAUUUCAACCCAUAGUGCACACACCGCAUCCUCUAAUGGAGGUGUCUUUGAUGAACUGACUUGUUUGAUCACAGCGUCAGUUGAUGAAGCCGGUCCAACAAUGUGCUCCUCUGGUUGUGCCCACCAGUGGCCAGUAGGAAAGACGCAGCUUAGACAAAAUUCAACUCAGCAUUGCCGUUACAGCUGUCUGAGAACGCACGGACACCAAUCCUUAAUCUUAACAUCUUGCUGUUGAUUUUUUUUUUUCGGACGAGUCACCACCACUUCUACUGCACUCCUUGCUGUUGCUUUUUGUCAAUGGAAUCAAACAAGCACUUUUUUUAAACAAAUCAUCAUUGGAAA